CGACAUACUCAAACAAGCUUCCAGCUGCUAUUGCUUCCUUCUCAGCCUACAAUGCUAGGAACCUGCCUCAAAUGUAAACAAGCAGAGGUUCCUGUUGUCCUUGCACGUAAAGAGAGCUACUGUCAUGCAUGCUACCUACAUUUUUGCCGUGCUAAAUAUCGUCGAGCGAUGGAUGCUUUUCGUCUCACUUUAGCAGAUCAUGCACGCUUACCCACCCUACUUGCUGUGUCUGGUAGUAUUGCUUCAUGCGUACUCGUGGAAAUGGUGCAUGGUGUUGUUGAACGGACGCAUGGCGCGUACGAUAUGCCUGGUAUUCUCCAUAUUGAGCUGGAUGGCUUCAAACACAUCUCAGAGAAGCGUCAACGACGUCUGGCAUGGUUAAAGGAGCGGUUUCCUGAGAUGCAGUGGAUAACUGUGCCACUUGAGAAGCUCGAGUCACUUGCCACUGAGCAAAUCGUGCUUGUACCGGAUGCGAGCGACGGUACUCCCAGGUUGGUUGGCAAUGUGUCCAGAAAGCCACUUUCCCUCAAGACGUCCUUCUCUGCACUAUCCAGCCAAACGGCACAGGAAGACAUGUUGGGUGUAUACAUUGAUGCUUUACUCUUCCAUGAAACCAAACAAGCCGGUGCGCACUGCCUGCAAUUCGCAGAAACGGCCACCAAGAUUGCUGCAAAAGUACUCACACAAACGGCGUUGGGACGCGGCUAUACGCUUCCCUCACACGUUGCUGAUUCUACUCAACGGGACGGUGUUUGGGCUGUUCGACCGAUGAAGGGAUUAUUGGAGGAGGAGUUAUCCUUGUAUGCGUCCUUGAUUGGGAUGCCUGAUCCCGUGGAGGACGAGGUUUCCGGUAAGCCCGGUAGUAUUGGGACACUGACACAACGUUACUUCAGGACACUUGAGAAGGACUUUCCGAGUCUAGUGGCGACGGUUGUGAGGACGACGGGGAAGUUGGUGACGCCUGAUCAGACGGCGGAUGAGAAGACUGGGCAGUGUCCUGUCUGUGGAUUGACUACGAAAGUGGGUGCGCGUGGGUGGCUACAGGAUGUCACUGCAAAUGUGCAAGCACCUAUUGAAGGUCAGCCAGUGCCUGAGGAUGUCCUUGUUCUUGGUGGUCCUGCAGCGGAAGAGGAGGACUUGUGCUAUGGGUGCUUGGUUGCACUUCGGCAUACUCGAGGCACCACGAAUCUGAUCAAGAUGCCGCUGUCUCAGUCAGCUACAGAGAAGGAGACGUUGGAUGAGUACUUGCUGGCUGAAGAGUGAGGGACCUGCUCAAUGCUGCUGAGUUCUUCACAAAGACACCGCUACACGCAACACCACGCUCAUCCUCCUUUGCUCUGUUCGUCAGUUCAGCUCUUGCUCAUCAGUCUCAGCACACAGCUACACUCGCUACUACAGACUCACAAGCAUGCAUCUCAUCAGCAUCACAAACAUCCUGGGACUCGCUGGCUUCGGCAUGCCCUCCAUCUCAGCCCAGUCUAGCACUA